CAUAUUUGCAACCUUGUGAUGCUGGUAUAAUCUGGAGUUUUAAGGCAUACUACCGUAAACUAUUUUGUGAAAAUCGUAUUGCAGCUUAUGAGGAAGCAACAGAAACUGAAUUAAUGGAGGAUUUUGAACUAGUUGACCUUACCUCACAAAGUUCACAAACAUUAAGCAUUGCGGACCCUACUAACCUUGUAACAGAAAUCCAGUCUCUAAUUAAUCGUCUUCCUAUAACAAACCCAAUACUUGCAAAUGAUUAUAUUGAAGCUGACCAUAGUGUUGAAACUAAUGUAAUGCCCAGCGAUGCAGAAAUAAUCAAUGCCGUACUCGAUCGUGAUUGUAAUGAAGACGAUGAAGUUGAGCCCGAAGUUCGUGUUUCCCACAAAGAAGUUAUUACAAAUAUUAAUAAAAUUCUUCGGUUUAUUGAUCAGGAGGAUGGAUUUAAGGUGGAUGAGUCUUUUAUUAAAAAAUUAUGCAGUUUUAAAAAAGAUGUCGUGAGAGAUAGCAUUGCACUACAAAGGCAAACAACUUUGGAUUUAUAUCUGCAAGUUUAA